AUGGCGCAGAAAACUGGACUUCUAGUUAUACUAUGGGUGGCGAUUAUUCCAUUACAUCGAGCUGAUAAUCUGGAGCUUCUCCUAGACACACUGAGGACGCAUCAGAAGGCAGCCUGCGACGAAGACAUGGUGACGCUUAUCUGUCCUCGAGGCACCACCAUCAGUAUUCAAGUGGCGCAGUACGGUGCUGCCGCUUCGCAAACCUCCUGUUCACCAGAAUUGGCUGAGUACCAGCCCGUGGCAGUAGAGGUCCUGGGAGACACCAGCUGUACUUGGCCCAGUGCCCUACAGUAUUCCUUGUUACAGACAGUGGUGGAGGCGUGCCAGAAGAAACGCCAGUGUAAAUUCCACACAAGCCCUAAAGCAUUCGGAGUGGACCCCUGUCCAGGGUCUAGACGCUUCGUCGAAGUCGCCUAUAAGUGCCGUCCAUACGAGUUCCGGAGUAAAGUGGGCUGUGAAAACGACGUGCUUCAUUUGAGCUGUAACCCACACUCGAGGGUGGCGAUAUACUCGGCCCAGUACGGGAGGACGGAGUACGAUUCGAUACAAUGCCCGCAACCUCGCGGGAUGAAGGAAGAAACUUGCAUGGAGCCCUACGCUACGGAGACUGCAAUGAGAGAAUGCCACGGCAAGAGACGCUGCGUGCUGUCUGCAGACAGCAAAAUGUUCGGCAAGCCCUGUCGAACGGGGAGCAGGACUUACUUGAAAGUGGUGUACACGUGUGUGCCGCGGACAGUCUUAAAGGAGCGAUAUGAGAGUGCCCCAGAGGAAGACGAGGUAGCCCAUGUAGUGUAUCCACUUGAACACGAAGAACUAGAUGACCCGGGAGAUAGAUGGUGGGGUGAAUCAGCAGUGCCACCAGCGCCCGCCGUGGCCGCAGUACCACCACAGAGACCGCACUCCACAAAUAGCACCAGGGAAGAACCGUCACCUUCACCGCCAGGACAGCAUCUGUCAAAAAACGGUAUAAAAUGA